UGUAGCCUGUAGAGUCUCUAAAAUGUGACUGGUAUUUAAGUGCAAUGGAGUGGAGAAAACUGCAUUCUUUGUACUCUACACACAACGUUUCCAACUUUGGACCUCACUGAUGAUAACAUAACAAAAGCAGCAUAGUACAUGUGGCACAAAGGGCGCGUCAUCAUGAAAUUACAAUUCAGUGUCUGUGUUGGGUCUAGUAAAAACAUUAUCCAACACUGAAAGAAAAGGAGCGAAAUGGCGGACAGCAACGCACUGGAUAAGAACGAAACGGCCGAGGAAUUCUUGGCCUGCACAGAGCAGAAGCUGUUGGGAGGAAUACUGGGCAUGGGGAUCGCCAUGGGUAUGCAGACUGGUCUUUUUGAUGUCAUGAUCUCGUUAGAAGGGGAACCUAAGACCAGCCAGGAGAUUGCUGAUACUGGUAACUUCAAAGAAAGGUACGUGAGAGAAUGGUUGGGGUGCAUGACCAGUGCCAAGAUCAUCAGCUGUGACUCCGAGGGGGAGAAAUUCUGGCUUCCUACCCAUCGAGCAGGCAUCAUGGAUCUGAAGGGUCUUGCUCUGACCACGCCCAUUCUCUGCGGGGGUUUCCAUCACGUAGCUGAUUGCUUUGAACGAGACGGGCCAACUGGUGUUUCAUACAGUCACUACCCUAAAUUUGACGAGUUGAUGGGUAUAAUGCAAGGCCCGUUCUUCCGUGACAAACUUGUCCAGGUGGUGAUUCCAUCAAUUCCACAGUUACUCCAGCAACUAAAUGAUGGAAUUGAAGUACUGGAUGUCGGCUGUGGAGUGGGUGAGUCCACCAGAAUCAUGGCCUCUCACUUCCCAAAGAGUAACUUUUACGGACUUGACUUUUCCCAGAAUGCUAUCGACGAGGCCCAGAGUGCAGCUGUACAGAUGGGUCUCACAAAUGUCCGGUUCCGUCGAGGAGAUGUGACAGCUAUGCCCGCCGAGUGGACCGGGAAAUUUGGCUACCUGUUCAUGAAUUUCGUCUUGCAUGAUCUGUCAUUUCCUGCAAAGGCUGUGCAGGAGAUGAACCGGGUGCUGCAGCCUAAUGGAGCCCUCUCUGUCAUCGAAACCAACGGCUACUCCAAGCUUCAGGACAACCUCACCAAGUACGAAGACCAAAGCAGAGUCAACGUGGAGUACACUUACAGCCUGUACAACUGCAUGCCUACCUCCUUGUUCGAUGGUGGAGCAGGUUUGGGCGCAUUCUGGGGGAGGGAGGAAGCACAGAAGAUGCUGGAGAAGUUUCACUUUGAAGUUCUGUCUGUAACAGAGGUGACGGCAGAUGCACUGCAUCUAAUGUGUAGGAAACCCGUAGCCCCAAUUAAAAUCGAUGAGUUGAACUUGUCAUAACCUGUCAUGUCAGAGAAAUGCCAAGAAUUGCAGCACAAGUAUUAUACUUCAGUUAAGGUUUAUGAACCCGUAAAACACGAAGUAGGAAAUCCAAUCACUCGAACAAACUUAAACUGCUGUUAACAUUUCGAUAAGUAUUCGUUGAUAAUCCUAAAGAUCUUUUUCUCGGGUAAGUUUCAAUUGGUGGUUUGAUAUAAAAAUAUGACCUGUUAGUUUCAUUUCGGAUCAAGUCUCUCUUUUUUGUGAUAGGACUGUAAGAAGAGAUGACAACCUUACAAAGAAGGGACGACAUCAUUUGGGGGUCAUCUUCAUGGCCCGUACAAUAUCGACAUCCAUAAUUCACUGACUCUAUAAAUCAGACCAUUGAAUUGAUUUGAGUUUAAGGAAAUAACUUUUGUAUUCUAACCCUUCCAUCGUAAAAUUGGCCCUCAAAGCCAAGAAAAUGUGGGACUGCUAGGUAAUGACUUGAGAAGAUACUGCUUCUCGCCCAAACCGCACGUUUCUGGUGUGGGGACUGGCUCAGAAUACUGUAAACUUCCAAAGUCGCGCCAAAGUUUUUAUGCAAUGCAGGUAUGAAAUACAGGUAACUUCCGGCCGGAAGAUAUUAUAGUUUGCAUAUCUGCAUCUGAAGGGCCACCGAUAAUUAUACAUUGAAAUCAGGCACUGGGUCGGAGGUUAUAUAAAUUAAGAGGUAGAUACUUAAUUACAAAGUUGUGAUUACACUUGUCUGAAUAGUUUUAAGCAAAAUUAAAGAAUAAAUUUAAAGUGAUGUUUUGGAAGACAAAAUAGUCUGGUACCACUAAUUUCACAUAUUACACGGCAUUAGAGAGACUCACUGUGUAAAUCCCAAGGGAAUGUAUAUAUCCUCCCCUACGUUUUAACCGAGGGGAGAAGGGUC